AUGGGCGGGAAGAGAACGGGUGAGGUGCGGGCGCGGAAGCGGGCGAAUGCGUGGUGCUUGAGAACAACGGCAGUGGACAGGGAUCUACCUAGGCUUUCCCGUUUCCCUCGACAGGUGUGGUGCGUGCGUUUCGUUGCGCGUGCUCCACAGCACCACCUCCCCUUGCUGGAUGAGGAAAGUACCGGAUCCUGGGAUCAACAGAAGCCGACUGGUCGAUCCCUUCCUCAAACGACCGAGGAACAUAAACCACCACGUGUGGCUUCGAAGGGCAGGCUGAAGUGGACUUCCAGACGAAAAGCUGGGGCUGAUGAGCGAGGAAAUCCUUGCGCCCAGCUACUGUAUCUCAUCACUUUGUACUGUAGUUAA